AUGCAUCCCUUUCACGCGGGGGUUCCCUGCGGGCCGCUCCGAUCGCGGCCUCUCGUGGUCUUUUCCGCGCACCCUCAUUCGCCUGCUCGGGUCUUCGCUUCGCGGGCGGCGGUCUUUGGCCAAGGCGAGAUCUGUCGCAGCCUGAACAUUCCUCCCACGCGCCAGCAGGCCUUCGACAGAGCGAGUGCGAACCGCGGCGGUCCUUCUGCGUCGGCCGGGAGCGGCGCUGAAGGCGCGAACGGCCGCGAGCAGCGGAAGGGAACUCGCGUGGGAUGCUCCGCCUUUUCGACAGUCGGUGGAGACCAGGUGACUUGGCACGCGACUGGGCGUGCGUUCUCGAGUGUUCGCAGCGUUCUGCACGCGCGCGAGCCUUUCCCGCGGACCAGUCGCUUGGGCCUCGAGCCCCGAAAAGGCUGUCUGAAGGCCCUCGGAGAGAGGGAGCAGUUGGACUUGGCGCUGGAGGACGACGCGUCGCUGCAAGAGAUUCGCGAGAUCUGGAUCGCCGACCCGAGCGAACUCGACGCCGCGGUCGCCGAUCCUCUCAGAGAGACGCCGCACACGUCCCCAGGGGAGACAUUCCUCAACGCCCAGCGUGACGCCCCGCCCUGCGAGCCGUGCGGGGAAGACAGCGCGAGUCCAAACAGAGAGGGACAAGUGACGACCUGCGCUGUCGGAAGCCAAGGGACGGACCGUUCGCCCGGAAGGCGAGAACGGUCCAGCGGUGGCCCAGGGGGGUUGCCGCCAGCGCCGCGUCUCCAAGUGAUUGCUCGCGUUCGGCGCCUCGUGGAGGAGGCGCCUGAGCGUCUCUUUUCGCAGGCGUCCUCGGCCGCUCGUUUCAGCGCAGACGCCGCUGCCCGAGACGCUUUCGCCUGCGAUCCGUACGACCAGGCGCAGGACGCGUGCUUCGCGUCGGGCAGCGUCGGCGCGUGGCGAUGCGAGUGGACGGAGGCGAACGACUGCGUUUGCCAGUUCGCGACGCGCAUGACUGCCAAGGAGAUUCUCGGGCUCCUCGCCCUGUACACGAAGCUGAAGGCGCUGAAGGUUCCCGCGGGGGCUUCGCCCUCUUCGGCGACGCUUCAGAACCUCACGGAGUCGAAGCGAGCCUUCUACGCGCUCACGCAGGCGCUGCUGCGCAACACGGCCUCGCUCGUGGACGGCGCGGCGCCGGGUCGCAUGGCGCUGCCGAUUUUGCUCGAGAGUCUGACGUCCACGCAACUCGUGAUGCUCCUACGCCACUUGGUGGUCCUCGAGUUUCACCACCAACUGUUGCUACUCCACGUCUUCCACCUGCUUCCGCGGCGUCUCCUCCUCCUCGCCCAGGAGGCGCGAGAACACGACGCUCGCCAGAAAGGCCUGCCGCCGCCCGCCUUUCCAGACCUCAGCCUCGCAGCGCGACAGAGCCCCGGCCGGGACGAGAAGGAUCUCGCCAACAAGCAACAAAACCAGAUUCGGCAGCUCGCUUCCUUCAUUCCGUGGCAGCGUCCGGCCGCCUUCCAUGGAAGGCCCGACUCGGCCGAUCCUGGGCGACCCCCCACAAACUGCGCACCUCCCGCAAACUGCGCACCCCCCACAAACUGCGCACCCGCCCACAGAAAGGAUGCUCUGCACAUGGUGGCCUUGACGUUCCUCGGCGGCAGCGUCGCGGAACUCGCCCGCACGUGUCCUUCGCUCUCCUUCUGGAACAACGAAAACACACGGACUCUCGUUGCAAUCAUCGAACAACUGACCAUUCUCAACAUACACGAAACUUCUCCCGUCCAACUCACAGUCUUGGCGACGUCUGUGUGCGGUUUGCACACCGCGACGAUUCGUUUUCUGAACGUCCUGGCGCAGCGGGCCUCGGAUUUCUUGAAUGCCUUUUCCUUCGCGCAGCUGACGCUGGUCUCGAAUGCUCUCGCGCGCCUCCACUUUGCGCAUGGGAGCCUGGUGAAGAAAGUCGACGCGCUGACUGCGAACGCCCCGAAGCGGUCAGACGGCUCUGGAUCUUUCGCGCCUCGCGCGGAGCGCAGAGUGCCUGCCGUCCGCGGAAAGAUCGUCACAGGCGCGGCGGUGGAAGAGGCUAGUGCCCCGGCUGCUGGCGCCACGUCCUUUGCAGACCUCGUCGCGGAGUGUGACCCGCGAAGCCUCCGCAGUCUCUGGUAUCGCAUCGCCCUCCGAGCCGCCACAGCGCUGCCCAAGACGGCGUGGCGGCAGCAGGAGUUCCUCGACACGAGUGGAACCUGGAUCGACGUCAACGAAAUGCUCGCCUUGGAGCAAGCAGCGGCCGCUGAGGCGCGGGCUCCACAAACACCGCGAGGCGGAGGGCCUCAGGGUAUAGACGGCCCCACACCAGAGAGAGAGAGAGAGAGCGAGAGAGGGAGGGAGAGCGAGAUGCGCGCAGAGGGCUGGGAGGGCGCGUUGGGAUUCCCCAAAGGGAGAGGAAGGUUUCUGCCAGCGAGUUGCCUAGACCUCUUCAAAGCUGCGGAAAUCAGCUACGACUUGUCAACCAAAGAUGAUGUCGUCGCCUACUUCGACCCGGCCGUACGCGGCGGGACGUGGAAACGGCUCUUCUUUCCUUCCUUGUCUGGCUCUGCUGCUCACUCGUUGUCUUCUGCUUCUCCGGUUUCGAGUGCAGACGCCUCUGUGCGCACUGAAGAUUGUGAACCUUCGAGCGCCUCCGGCGAAGAGACGCUGCAGGCGGAGUUCACUGGAGGGAAGACGCACGGCGCGGCCUCAGGCGCCUCCCGACUUGAGAAGGGACAGGACGGCGAGGGCUUUUCCCUCGCGAGUCUUCCGCCGUCGCCCGCGCCGGCGUGCGGCGAGGAGACAGCUGACGGCCUGCGGCCGUUCGCGCCUCUGCGGAACGAGGAGAUUCGGCAGCUGAUCAAUUUGCUGAAUUCGUUUGCGCGCGUUGUCGCCGCUGAGCUCGUCCCCCUCGACGACCGGGAUAUCUCCGCGGAGCUCUCCGAAACCUUCCCGGCGUGGGCGUCGAGGCAAACGUCCGCUAACGCGCAGAAACCCGCGACUGCGGGCAGCGAGCAGAGCGGGAAGCGCUCAGACGCCCCUCAAUCUGAGUCUUCUCCCACAGACUUUAGCCACGAUGUCGUGGACUGGGCGAAUGUGCGGAAGGUGUGCGCCGCCAUGGUGAACGCUGGAGCCGACACCGGAGCCGCGCAAGUCGACAACCCUGUUUUCCUCCUCUUCACCCGAGCCAUCACCGAACUGAUCGCCCGACAGGAACACAUGACCCCGCAAGGCAUCACGAGUUUCAUGAACGCGUACAGCAAAGUUCGCCUCAAAGGGCACGGACGUUUCUUCUUCCAGCUCAAACCGAGGAUUCUCAAGUUGUUGCCCGAGUUCGAGUCUCACCAAAUCAGCAUGGCGCUGAACGCCUUCUCGUAUUUUCGCUUCGAUGACAAAGAAGUCGUUCGUGGACUGGUCAACGAAUUCAUGCAUCGCCGCCACCAAGGCGCGUCAAGUAUCGCGGUUUCGAGUGUGAUCCUUUCCAUGGCAGCUCUCGGAAUGAGAGAGGAAUCAGUGAUAAGGGCGAUGACGCAGGGGAACUGGAUCUCGAACUCCUUGUUCUUCAACAGUCUCUCAACUCAAGGUCUCACCACCCUUCUCUUCUCGUUGGUUUGUCAAGACGCGAUCUACGAAGCAGCGACAGGCUCGGCAGAGCUGCUGAACAAGAUUUUGACUCGACUGCACGAGUCGCCGCUCAAGCGCCACGGAGAAGCGAUGCUGACGACGUGCGCGCGCGCGAUCUUUCCCUGCUCGUUUUUGACUAUUUCGGAUCACCUGCGUGCCGUCGAGAACGCUCGCAAGCACCGCCUCACAGGUGUCGACAUGAGCUCGUACAUUCGCCCCGAGUUCCAGAAAAAAUGGAUUUCCACUGGGGCCAAGAAAGACGGCGGCCGCGAACUCGCAUGGGCGGUUCGCCCGCCGCCUGAGGUCCUCGACACGCCUCCCGCGCAGUGGUCGACAGGACUGAAGUUCUUGGCAGAUCAAUUGUUCUGCAAGAGCCGGACCGACUCGCGCGCGAAGAUUGUGCCCUCAGGACUGCAUUUCCAGGUAGCCGCUGUCGCGCACCUUCUCGGCUACCGGGUCCUCAACGAAAUCUCCGUCUUUCCGUACUCCAUCGAUAUUGUCGUCUUGCCGGAUGCCGGCGUCAGCGACCCUCGCAACGAGCGAGGGGAGAGAACAGACUUCCGGAAACGCGCGGCGCGAGGACACGCCGCUGGUGACGCGCCUCCAGGAUUCUACGACAUGCAACAGACGGAAGAACUCAAUAGACUGGCAACCCGAGGCGUUCAAAGCGACGGCACGUUGACGCGCAUGAGCAAAGUGAUGACUUUCCGCUACGGCGGCUACGGCAAGCAGCCUUAA